AUGGCGACUAAUCUGUGGUAUCACUUAGAGAGGGAUUUCUGGACCUCUAUUGCUGUUGAGAUGAACCCUCGAUGCAUCUUGUUUGUAGCCGCCCGCGCCGCGCGCAUCACGCCUCUUCGGUCACGUACACUCCAUGUCGAAGCAUCCAAGUCUUCUAUUAUGGAUGCCAUUGCUAAGGAGAAAGUGCUCGUAUUUUCAAAGACUCAUUGCCCCUACUGUGCCCGCGUCAAAAGCACACUAGAAAUUAUUGGUGCUAAGUAUCAAGUUGUUGAGCUCGAUACGCGUGACGACGGUACUCAGAUCCAGUCACUACUGCUGGAUCUCACUGGCCAACGCACGGUGCCUAACAUCUUCAUUGGUGGUAAGCACAUCGGUGGCUGUGAUGACAUCAUUGCGCUCCACGCCAAGAGCGAACUGUCUUCUAUGCUCCAGAGUUGA